GAAUGUUGUAAGACGCUUGUCGAAACAAUUGAAUCUAUAUAUUUUUAAUAUUUGUUCUUAAUCACGGAUUAUAAUGUCGGAGGUUGUUUAUCCACCGGGUUGUAGACCCGUUACCGAAGAUUUAGGUCCUGAUGAAAUGAUACGCCGGUUGAAGACAUUAGCACAUACUUUACAAGCUAUGGGUCAGGAUGAAGGUGCUUACCAACAAUAUAUCCCCUUAGCAUUACAUUUAGCUGAAGAUCAUUUUUUACAUCAUCCUUCUAAAGAUGUUCAAUUGCUAAUUGCAUGUUGUAUUGCUGAUGUAUUACGAGUAUACGCUCCUGAGGCACCGUACAAAGAUUCCGAACAAGUUAAGACAAUAUUUUUGUUCCUAAUUAAACAAUUAGCUGGUUUGAAAGAUCCUAAAGAUGCUGCAUUUAAAAGAUAUUUCUACUUAUUAGAGAAUUUGGCUUAUGUAAAAUCGUUUAACAUGUGCUUUGAAUUAGAAGAGUGUCAAGAAAUUUUCUGCACCUUGUUUCAAUUAAUGUUUAAAAUUGUUAAUGAUGAACAUUCAGGUAAAGUGAAAUCAUUUAUGUUAGAAGUACUGUGUCCAUUAAUAACUGAAAGUGAUUUAGUCUCCAAUGAUUUGUUGGAUAUUAUUUUAAUGAAUAUUGUUGAUCCAAAUAAAACACAACGUAAAAAUGCUUACCUGUUAGCCAAAGAAUUGAUUAUUAAAACAUGCGAUACUUUAGAGCAAUACAUUCAAGGGUUUUUUAAUCAAGUACUAAUUCUUGGAAAAGAAGAGAAAAAACUAUCUAUAAGCGAUAAAGUAUACGAUUUACUUUAUGAAUUAAAUCACAUAUGCCCGUCGGUGUUGGUUAGCGUUUUACCACAAUUAGAAUGUAAACUAAAAAGUCCUCAUGAAAGUGAACGUCUUGGUGCUGUGUCAUUAUUAGCUAGAAUGUUCUCAGAAAAAGAAUCAACAUUAGCUAAACAUCAUACACAAUUAUGGAGAGCAUUUCUCGGACGUUAUAAUGAUAUAUCAGUACCAAUUCGUAUUAAAUGCGUACAAUAUUCAAUGCAUUUCUUAAUAAAUCAUCCAGAAUUACGACGUGAUAUCACGGAAACUUUAAAAUUACGUCAACAUGAUGCUGAAGAGAAUGUUCGUUAUGAAGUUGUUAUGGCAAUUGUUACUACAGCAAAAAAAGAUUUUGAAGUUGUUUCAGAUUCAGAGGAUUUAUUGGAAUUUGUUAAAGAACGUACUUUGGAUAAAAAGUUUAAAAUACGUAAAGAAGCAAUGUCUGGUUUGGCAAUGAUUUAUAAAAAACAUCUGAAUGAUUCAGACGUACCACAAGCAACAAAAAAAGCUGUAACAUGGAUUAAAGAUAAAAUUUUACAUGGUUAUUAUAUGACUGGAAUGGAAGAUCGUUUAUUAGUUGAACGCUUAUUAAACACAUGUUUAGUUCCUUAUCUCUUGCCACCACAAGAACGUAUGAAAAAAUUGUAUCAUUUAUUGGGUACAAUUGAUGAUCAUGCAACAAAAGCCUUUGUUGAAUUACAAAAACACCAAUUAGCGGUUCGUCGAUGUGUUAUGGAAUGGUUAGAACUGCAUAAACGUGCACAAACUGUAACCGUCCAACAGGAGCUUGCUGCAAAAGUUCAACAACUAAGCAGAUUUCUUCCAGAACCAGUAAAAGCACAUGAAUUUUUACAAAAAUUUAGUUCACAUAUGCGUCGUGAUCAAUCACUUAUGGAGGGAAUGGAAACAAUUGUCCGUCCAAAUGUUAGUUGUAAAGAGUGUGCGGAUACUACUGCCCUUGUCUUGAAAAAAUUAGGACAGCCUGUAAUGACAAAUUUAUAUUAUAAUACCGUAAAAAUGUUACUUGAACGCGUUUCAUCCGUUAUGGUAGAUCAUUUAUCAAUUAAAGUACUAGUGGAUUAUGUGGAAGAUUGUCUUCGCGGUGGCAACACUAUUGAAGAAGUUGCAUUAAAUCCAGCGACAGCCGGUGACCGUGGUUUAAAGCUUUUGGUAAUGCUUUCAUUCGUUUUUCCAUCACAUUUUCAACACGCUGAUGUUAUUUCACAUUUAAUACAACUUUUGGAAAUGGAAGAUGAAAAUGUUGCACCGUUAGUGUUAUCGGUUUUAACAUUUCUCGGAAAAUAUAAACCAUUAUCUGAAGUUUGCCCUGGUUUAAUGCAAGAUCUUGCACCGAUUUGCAAAAACUUUGCUGUAACCGGUACACCGAAACAAGCAAAAGGUGCAAUUCGUUGCAUAUAUGUAAAUAUGCCCGAUAUGCAUGAUAGCAUUUUUCCUGGUAUUUUGGAUGAAAUUAAAAAACAUUUGGAUCAAAAGAAUGAACAUUAUCGCACUGCCAUUGUUUCAUUAGGACAUAUCGCCUUUAAUGAACCUGACAAAUAUCAAUUACAAAUUAAAAAUAUUGUUUCAAGAAAGAUUGUUAAAGACUUGCUUGUGAAAGAAACUGCCGAUGAUCGAGAACCAGCUAAUUUGGAUGAUGAUUGGUGUGCGGAGCACGAAUUACCUGAAGAUACAUUAUGUAAAGUUGAGGCAAUGAAAAUGAUGGCUCGGUGGUUACUGGGUCUAAAAACUGACAACAUGAGUGCCCAAAAAACGUUCAGAAUGUUGAAUGCAUUUAUUAUUCAUAAAGGUGACCUUUUACAAUCAGGUAAAUUAACACGUGCGGAAAUGUCAUGGUUACGUUUAACUGCCGGCUGUGCAAUGCUUAAAAUAUGUGAACAAAAAGGUGUUGGUGAUCAAUUUACGGCAGAACAAUUUUAUAAUUUAUCGCAAUUAAUGACGGAUGAAGUGAAACAAGUGCGUGAAUAUAUUGCAACAAAAUUACAUAAAGGAUUGGGUCGUGGUAUACCAAAUAAGUGUCUUCCAUUAGACUUUAUGGGUUUUUAUGCUUUGUGUGGUGCUGAACCAGAUUCAAAAUUACGACAAACCUUACAAAAUUAUGUUCAACUUGAUAUCAAUAAACGUAGGGAAUAUGUAAAAACUUUAACAAUUAAUGCGGCACAAGGUGAAAAGGCUAUAAAUCAAUUACCACAUAUUUUACCCGACUAUAUGUUAGUAUUUGCUGUACCAAUACUAGCACACGAUCCAAAUUUUACACGUUUUGAUGACGCCGAACAAUUAAAUAGAGUACGCCAGUGCCUUUGGUUUAUUUUAGAGCCCCUAAUUACUAAAAAUGAUUUUUAUUGUUAUGGUUUCUAUAAAAAUUUAAUUGAACGAAUGAAAAAUCACAAAGAUGCUAUUAAUUAUGAUGAUGACGCAAUGAAUUAUAAACUUUGGGCAAUAUGUGAUUUAGCAAUGGGUAUAAUUUUAUCAAAAACAACAAACUAUGAUUUAAAAGAAGCGCCAGCGGAAGCAAGAAUACCCACAAUGUAUUUCCAACCUCAACCAAAUUUCUUUGUCAAUACACGAAUAUUUUUACCACCAGAAUUACAGUAUCAACCUGUUAAGAAAACAGGUAUUACAUUAGCAAUGGUAGCCGCUGAGCGUGAAGCGAAGAAAACCAAAAAGACCCUCAAUAAAAUUACUCAGGAAGCAUGCGGACCUCUAGGAACAGAUGUAAAGAAAAGAGGAAAUGGAAUUGAUGCACAGCCUUCAGAAGCAUCGGAUACACAGAUUCAAUUACCUGGUUUAGUUGAAGAUAACGGUGAACCUCCAUCAAAGCGAGCACAUCGAGAAUCAUCAAAAAUUCGAAUGGACUAAAUGAUGAAUUCAGUUAAAACACUAUUUAAAUUGUGAUUUUUAUUUAUACUUCAGAGAGUUUGACAAAAGUAUGGUUUAGGAGGACAAAUGAUACGGCAUAUUUUUCCCCUAUCUAAUAAAAUUUGUAAUUUGUUAAGAAUUUGAUCGGACUCUAGGGGAAGAAAGCUACGUUACUAAUAUUGUAUAUGAAGGUGGUAAGAUUAUGUUAUACCAUAAACAGUUGCGUUAUAACUCGAAAGUAAAAAAAAAUGCGCAUA